UUGAUGUAAAUUUCGUUGUUUUGUGGGUUUCAUUUGGGGGGGUCUUUCCUCUUUGUUUUUUUCUCUCUCUUUCUCUGAGAGAAAGCAAAAUCUUCAUUGAGAGAAUGGCCCAGCACUGCGGAUCCAAAUCCCCAUUCUUUUCUGCUUUUCUAAGGCAUCUCACAAAGCAAAAGAUUACUUUUUGAUUCCCAAUCUCUUCUGAGUCUCUCUCUUUUCGCUUCAACAUUAAUGGGUUUCUUCUCCUGCAAUGACUCAUCCUUUGAGUGAGUGAGUUAUCAUUCCCUAAGAAAUGAGGAUACUUUAUUAUAUCUUGUUUAAUUGAAACCUCUACAUCAUCAUCUAUGGCAUUAUUGGGCAUGAGUGCAAACAUGCGAUGCAAUGGCUAUUUCCCAGAGUAUUAUUCCACAGGUGAUAAUGUUUUUGGUGCUGAAGGCAGCACAUGGAUCUCAUCAAAUGGUAACGGUGAAUGUAAGAAUGACCGUUACCAAAUUGGUUCUUUGCCAUUGUCAACUUGUCAUCUUUUAGGAUAUAACAAAGAACUUCUGAAACAGACAAUACUCAAGCACGAAGCCAUAUUUAGGGAUCAAAUUCACGAGCUUCACCGCAUUUACCAGAAACAAAGGGAAUUAAUGGAUGAAAUUAAAAGGAUUGAGUUACAUAAACAUAGUUUAAGGUUGGAGACACCAUCAUCAAGUUCCUCUUUGUACUACUCACAAAGCUUGCCUUGGUUGACUAGUCAAUCAUCUGUUAUAAAUGCUGAAGGCAACCAGUUGCCAUUAGCUUCUGUGCAAGAAAGGAGCAGGCAACUAUGUCCUACUCAUGCUUCAGCUCCAACUUCAAUCAAAGAGUCUUUAAAAGAUCCUAAAUUAUCAGUGUCGACUUUCAGAAAAGUUGGUAAGAAAUUAUUGGAUCUUCAACUUCCAGCUGAUGAGUACAUUGAUAGUGAAGGUGAAUCUUGUGAGAAUGAAAGGGUUAUCAAAGAGCCCCCAUUGUCAACUUAUACUUUAAAUGGAAUUUCUAAGGUUGUCUAUAGCACUGAUGUAAAACAAUAUGGAACCAUUUUUAAUGGUUUUUCUGACUUAAAUUUACCAUUUAAGCUUGAAGAAGAGACAGGUGUGAAGUCUGAUGAUUUUGGUGCCUCAAUCCAUCACAGAAACUAUACCUUUCAUGAUAUGCCUGGGAGAAUGACACUCGGCUCUCAUAGUUUUCCGAAUGAUGUCAUCCAGAAUUUGAAAAGAAAACAGAAUCUUGAAUCUUGCUCAGAUUCCCCACUACCAAACCAGGGGGAAAAGCAUGGACUGCUGCCUAUUGGUUCUAGUGCCGGGAAAAAUGACAGCAACUUGGAUUCUCUUGCUAAAUUUAAUGAUAUUGAAUCCGUAAGUAAGAAGCUGAAACAAGUUAACAAUUGUCCAUGUUUUCAUUCGAUGCAUCAAAUUGUCCCAAGACCUAGGACCGAGGACCCUGCAGGAACUCAUGAUCCCACCACUGGUGCCUGGCUUGAACCAAGCUAUACUUCAUGCACAUGUGCUCCUGGUCAGCUUGUUUCUGAGCCUGAUAUGAAAAGUUCAGGGAUUUCUCCAUCAAUGUUAUGGAAAAGUAGUACAUCUGGCCCUAAUUUAGAUGGUCAAAACUAUCUUCUCAACAGCAGCUUUUGCAGCAGGUCCAAUCCGGUGGAUCUGCUAUCGAUUAGUACUGAUGAUCUAAACAGUUUUGACAACCGUGGUUCAUCAUCAGCUGGCCAUGAGUUUAGGAAGUGUGUCAAGGAUUCGGAAUAUGUGGGGACAACCAAGAACAUAAACCUGAAUAUUAUGCCUGCUGGUUUUUCUGAUACAACUGCUGCAGCAUUUCAAAGCAUUCGAAUUGCACGUGAAGAAGAUAAAUUGCAGGAUUCAAGAUUGCCCUGGCAUAAAGCAAAGGUGCCCAAAGGAAAACCCAAUGAAGAAAAUCAAACCUCAACCCAUAUUGACUCUUCCCUUAUGAAUCCUUGUAAGUCUGGGUGUGUACAUUCUGAUUUGAAUUUCUGUAAGGUUGUGAAAAGUGACUUGUGUAGAGACAAGAUUCUUGCAUUUGACCUAAAUGGAAAGCCUCAGGCAUCCAAAGUCUUCCAGAGCCUGUCCAAAAAUCAUUGGAUUGAAGAAAUUAAGAAGGUAUCCAAUGUAAAUUCACCUUGUGAUAGUGAUCCUGACACAGGGAAACAGGCACCUGCAGGUAUUCUUGACCUAAAUUCAUGCAUGAAUGAGGAUGAGAAUAUGCUGAUUGAUAUUGAUCUACAAGCACCGGCAAGUCCAGAAAACAAGGAAUGUUCUCCACCCAGAGGAGAAUCUGAUGAAAACCAGCUUGAGAUGCCAUUGCAAUUGGCAGGGAAGGAGGAUCCAGAAGCACAAGAAGAGCAAGCCAAAACUGCAGCUGAGGCUUUGUUUUCCAUAUCAGAAGCUGUGGCCAAUAAUGUUACAACUUGUCCAUCAUCUGAAUCUUUUGUAAGUAGUUCUCUCCACUGGUUUGCUGGAAUUGUUUCUACAGUAGUGGAUCAUUCAGAGAGUGUGGUCAAGAUGGAUUUCAAUUGUACCAUUAAGGAUCUUGAGGACUUUCUGCCGGCUGACUUUGAUUACUUUGAGUUCAUGUCCUUAAAUUUGCCCGACACAAAGGACCUAGAUUACUGCUACAAGAGCAGUGACCAAAAUGAGCAAGAAGGUGGAUCUACUUCACCAACUCAACCGAGAAAGUGUCGGGCAAAUAGGAGGCGACGAGGGAACAACUUCCAAAGUGAAAUUCUCCCUAGCCUUGCUUCUUUGUCGCGGUAUGAGGUGACUGAAGAUCUUCAAACCAUCGGAAGUCUUGUGGAAGCUUCCAAAACUCACUCAGCAACAGGUUGCCUGAGAAGUGCAGGCAGAAAUGUAUUGGCUAGGGGGAAGAGAAGGUCUUGUGCUGCAGCCUCUAACAUCACACACUUGCUGUUGAAUUUGAAGCAGCUAAAUAUUAACACUGAGAUUGGUAUUGAGAAAAGGGGGUUCAUAAGUUGGGGAAAGAGUUGUAAAAAGAGAAGGGGGAAGAGAUUUCCUAGCAGUAAACCCCACUUUAUUUUUAGCCAAGUACAUAACUAAUUCUUAAGUUAAGUUCAUGGACUUUUGGAUGAGGUUUUUAUGAACUAUAGGAUCUUCUUGUAAAUGUCAUCAUAGACACUUAUAGUAUAUGAGUAUGUUAGAAGAAUAGAAAAAAGAACAUUUAAGUUGCUUAUUGGAAUCAAAUUCAUUCUCUCCUAUACAGGAGAUGCAAUGACUUCUAGUUAUCUCUUUGUUUGUAGCAUUUUGGAUCACUUGCCUCCUUAAGACAGGUUGUGUUUGUUUUUAAGCUAAAACUUUUUUUUUCCUGAAAAUAAACAGGGAAUAUCACAUUCUCAUAUUUAGUAGAAGUUUUGAAGCAAUA